AUGAGCAAGAAGCAAAGCCCCCACGAAGUGUACAAGGCGAGCCAAGCGCCAGAACUAGAGCAUGCCCUAUCGAUAUCACAGUCGUUUGACAGCUUCCAGUCGUCACAGCUAUCAACAACGACGAGAAUCAAGUACGUCCUCGGCCAAUUAGAUGAGGAAUUCAAAGAGGCCAUAUUGGAAUCUCGCGCGGAUAUCAAGAGGCUGCCACUGGCAGAGGACCACAGCCUUCAGUUCUUUUUCGUAUACAAGCACUUGUUCGAAAAUCCAAAUUCCCCGAUCCCAGAUGACUCUGAGAAGUUGCGAAUUUCUGUGUUAAGCUUCGACGCAUUGGCAACUAGGAUAUGUCUCCCUCCAGCCUUCAUCUUCGCACUAACUCGUCAUUAUCUCCCAACUGGAAGAGGGUUUCGCCAUUCUAAUGUAGGGCCAUCCACAUUUCAUGAUUGCUGGUACUUUCUACCUGUUCGUGUUCAAGUGGGAGCUCAGUCUGGGUUGGACACGGGCCAGAGAGGUAUAGCACAGAUGAACCCUUUUCAUAAGCUUCACCUACCGGAUGUCGGCAUAGAUAUUUUCCGCUCUUGUGUCGGCAUCUUCACCAGGAUAGAUCCGUCAUCGAACAAGGUUACUGUGGCAUCGUUCGACUUUAUGCACGGGCAAUGGCCCAAGAUUGCACUUGAGCCAAAAUCACGGAUUGUCGAGGUGAUGACACAUCGGAAAAAGAUUGGUGCGUCCGAUGCGAGAUUUUCUACAGGCGCGUUCGUACAUUUGGUUUAUAUCAGUAGCACCUCGCGGUGGUGGACAAACUCUUUGAACAGUGUCAACGAGCAACUGAUUGCCUAUGAAAUAACUCUACAGUCCGAGCUCGACGCGGUUGGGAUUGGAUUGACGCCAGAAGUGACACUGACGAAACUAAAUCGAGCCCUUCACUCCAUUGCCGCGCACCUGCACCGAUAUAUAUCAGAGCUCAAUUCCCUAAAGGCGAUCGCGAACGAUCUUAUAAAGUUCUAUGCGUCUAUUUACUCGAAUGGUGGAAGUCUUUCCGGCGAAGACUUGGCACAAUUAACUCUCGGUUUUGAGCAGGUGCUUUCUCAGGCUGAGGCCUCGUUGGAUUUCGCUCUAGAAUUAGAGAAGAAGACGAAAAACAUUCUAGACUUGCUUUUUAAUCGAAUGCAAAUCAAUAGUGAUAGGCUACUUGUUGCCAAUGGUAAAGCAAUGCAAGAAAUCUUGGUUGCGAUGCAGAAUGAUGCAAAUAUAGGGCGAAAGAUAGCUGAUGCAUCACACCAACUUGCUUUGGAAAUGAAGAGAGACAGUAUUGCGAUGAGAACCAUAGCGAUUAUUACGAUGGCAUUCCUCCCCGGUGCCACUUUCGCUGUCGUGUUCUCGAUGCCGUUCUUCAGCGAGGAGGCUUGGUUUGGGCACGUCGACCGGUUAUGGGUUUGGGGUGUGUUUACUUUACCAUCCACAGUAGCAUGCUUCAUUUUUUACAAACUUUGGAGGAAGAAGUCACUUCAUCUCCUUCGUGUUGAAAAAGAUAGAUAG